AUGACUUCAACAACCACACCCUAUGGCUCUUACGCACAACCUGCGCCUCAGCCCCGCCCCGCUCCCCAUCCUACACCUUGGAGUUCUGUCACUCCAACUACUGGCAGCGCUAAAUCUGCUGCAGGCGCUAACGACUGGUCAUCAUAUCGCAUGGCUCUUCCUAGUGCAUAUGCUGGUGCUUUGGCUGGAUAUGCCUCCGGGUCUUCCAAGCCGUACGAUAUAUACCGACUGACUGCUCACGUCAACGUGGACCUAUUGAACUUCCUUCACUCGAACGAGGAGAGCUUUGAAGCUCGUCUCAUGGCCGGAGGCUAUGUAGGCUACGGCUCCAGUCUAGGUGCCAGGACGCUCCCAACCGCGGCCAUGUAUCCGCCCAUUUCCGCGCCGUCUACCUCCUACCACGCACCGCAGCCAUACGUUCCUCUAUAUCCGCCCCCAGAUGAGCGCACGAUGCGCAAAAGACGACGUCUGGACGCGUUCCGGCGCACGACGCCGCCGAAACCGGGAAAUCUACGUCCUGUGACUGUUGAAGGGCGCGGCCGCAUGCUGAUGGACUUCGCGGAGGAGAACGAGAUCCUCCAGCGAUUAGCUCAAAGAAAUCCCACAAACGAACCGGCGGAUCCACCAAGACAAGCUCCCAGCGAAAGGUUGGCGUGGCCGGACGAGCAGUUUCCUUGGAAUCUGCGUAAUCAUGAGCGCAUACAGAGCGACCGUGCCAAACGAGAGCAUGAGUUGCGCUGUAUUGAACGCUUUCUGGAUGAAGCAAGCGAUGAGGAGGAAGAGGAAGAGCCGGACGAAGUGGUGUUCCGAGAGGCGGGUUACUACAGUGUCAUUGAGCGCUCGCCCGAGCCCUCACUGAAGUUGGAUGUCGAGGGCUCCAGCGGCACAGCAACGCCGUCGUGGACGUCAACUGCACGAAGCGCCCAACCUGAACGCCCUAUCACCUCACGCAAUCUGACAGCGUCAACUCGAAACCCUCGACGCACUGUCCGAACAGAUACGAUGCAACGGUCUGCUCAACGCGCCCUGCAACGGCCGGGCGUUGAUCUCGGCUACUGA